GAAGCAGAGAGACCAGAGGAAGAAAAAGAUAGUGCUCCACCCCCACCUGGAAAUGAAGAGGAAGCUGCAGAAAAUGGCGUUGUGAAAACGAAGGUGGCAGAGGCUGAGGAUGACAGUGAUAGUGAUAGUGAUGAUGAUGAAGAUGAUGUUCAAGUCACCAUAGGGGAUAUUAAAACAGGAGCUCCACAGUAUGGAAGUUACGGAGCGGCACCUGUGAAUCUCAAUAUUAAGACAGGAGGACGAGCUUAUGGAUCUUCUGGUGCAAAGGUUAAAGGGGUGGAUCUAGAUGCAUCAGGGAGUAUUAAUGGUGUGCCACUUCUGGAAGUAGAUUUAGAUUCUUUCGAAGAUAAACCUUGGAGAAAGCCAGGGGCUGAUCUCUCUGAUUAUUUCAACUAUGGGUUCAAUGAAGAUACCUGGAAAGCUUACUGUGAAAAACAAAAGAGAAUACGAAUGGGUCUUGAAAUUUUACCAGUUACCUCAACCACAAAUAAAAUUACGGCUGAAGACAAUGCUAUGGAAGUAAGACCAAGUGCAGAGAUUCUCGAUGGCAGAUACCAUCUUUUUAAGGUACAGCAGGGCAGAACUGGAAAUUUGGAGAAAGAGUUGGCAGUGCAGUCGACCAAAGCUGAUUUCACAUCUCCUCCUGCCUUAUUCAAAUCAGGAAUUCCAACAAACAGAAUCAGCACCUCUUCUCAGUCACAGACAAGCACUGCCUCCAGAAAAGCCAGUUCAGGCAUCAGAAAGUGGCAAGACCACUGGGGAGGAUCGGAGAGCAGGCGAUUAUCAGGCACAAUAGAUGUGAUUGGACAGACCAUCACUAUCAGCAGGGUGGAAGGACGACGGCGAGCUAAUGAAAACAGCAACAUACAGGUUCUUUCAGAACGAUCUAAUCCUGAAGUAGACAAUUUUACCAAGCCACCUCCAUUUUUCCCUCCAGGAGCUCCACCUACCCACCUUCCACCACCUCCUUUCCUCCCACCCCCUCCAACUGUCAGUACUGCUCCACCUCUUAUUCCCCCACCAGGUAUACCAAUAACAGUGCCACCACCAGGCUUCCCACCACCACCUGGCGGUCCUCCACCUUCCCUCAUACCCACAAUAGAAAGUGGACAUUCUUCUGGCUAUGAUGGUCGUUCCGUUCGUGCAUUUUCAUAUGGCAGUGUCACCUUUCCGCACCUUGCAGGUUCUGCUCCUUCUUGGUCUAGUCUUAUGGACACCAGCAAACAGUGGGAUUACUAUGCACGAAGAGAGAAGGAUAGGGAACGUGAGAGAGAGCGAUCCCGAGAUCGGGAUCGUGACCGGGACCGAGACAGAGAUCGAGAACGUACCAGAGACAGGGAAAGGGACCGAGAUCACAGUCCAACUCCAAGUGUGUUCAACAG